GUGCUGAAGCCUAGCGUGAACUGUGCAUAUCAGAACAUCGCAUUUAAAAUAGCAAAAACGAUAUUACCGGGUUGGUAUUUUUGUAGACAUCUAAAACAUAUGGAUCGCCCGUGCUUUGUUUUUAAAACAGGCUAAUUUGUCUCAUUCGAGGAGGAAAUAAAUCAGCAAAGCUAGCAGAAGUAGCAGCAUUAGUGGAGACUCGAAUAACUGGAGGAGUUGCUUUACACGUUGGCUGUCACUAGAUCAUCUGUCAGCUAACACGUCAAGUACCAUAUUCCGCACUCGUCCGCGGUGUGUAACGUUUUUCAAACAGCUAGAUAACUCUGCUCAAGUCGUCGUUUAUGGGAUCACCAUGUCCAUGAAGCCGCAGGCCGGUGGUAAUCGCAAACCCGGCGGAAGCAACAGCGGAGCCGCUGCGGCCUCCGGCACCGGGGGAGCAGGAGGUGUCGGACGCCAGAACAUGGGCAGAGGACGCAACAAUGCCAAAGGACCCUCCACUGCAGUGGCCUUCAGUGGAGUUUAUGCAAACAUGAGGAUGGUUCAUGUUUUGACUUCAGUUGUGGGAACCAAAUGUGAGCUUAAGGUCAAAAAUGGUCUGAUCUAUGAAGGAGUUUUUAAAACAUAUGGCCCAGAGUGUGAUAUUGUACUGGAUGCUGCACACAGGAAGAGUGUAGAGCCUAUUGUGGGCCCUCGUCGUGAGGAUAUUGUGGAAAGCAUCAUCUUUAAGUCUUCUGAUGUAGUGGUGGUGCAUUUUAAAGAUGUGGACCUGAACUAUGCCAAGAAAGUCUCAUCUGAUGCAGAUAACUUCACAGACAGUGCAGUUAGUGCUCGUGUGAAUGGGGAGCACAAAGAGAAGGAUCUGCAGCCCUGGGAUGGAGGAGAGCAGCACAUCUCGGGCAGUCUGGAAUCUCUUGAUACAGACCUGUGUAACGGUUGGGAUCCUGAUGAAAUGUUUAAAUACAACGAGGAGACUUACGGUUUGAAGUCCACCUAUGACAGCAGCUUGUCUUCAUACACGGUGCCCUUGGAGCGAGACAACUCGGAGGAGUUCCUCAAGCGGGAGGCUCGUGCAGCACAGCUGGCAGACGAGAUUGAGGCUAGCGCCAGCUACAAGGCCCGCGUGGCCCUGGAGAAUGACGAGCGGUCAGAGGAAGAGAAAUAUACUGCUGUGGUGCGUGGAGAGAGAGAGCUUCACAGCCUCAACAGGGAGAAUAAAUACAUUCCCCCUGUUCAGAGGAACAAAGAAGCAGGCAUGUCAUGGGGAGCUGGCCGUCACCCACACCCAGCUGGGCCACCUGCACCCAGAUCUGGACCUCACGACUACAACACAGAUCAGCGUGUAGUCAAUGGAGGUGCUCACCCUUGGCCCACACGCUGCCCAUCUCCCUCCUCUCGCACUCCGUCUCGUUACCAGUCAGGCCCCACCAACUCUCUCCCGCCCCGGGCGGCCACGCCCACCAGGCCUCCCUCCAGACCCCCAUCCAGGCCCUCGAGGCCCCUGUCUCACCCCUCUGCUCAUGGCUCCCUGGGGCAAAUGUCCACCAUCCCAAAACGCCUGUCCUCAGAAGGUCCUCCACGAAUGUCUCCCAAGUCACAGCGGACCCCCAGACCUCAUAGAGUGGCUUCAUGUCGGGGCUGUGGGCCUCCUGCUGGGGAUUUCAUGUCUCAAGGUGCAGCGGAGGGUUCAGCUCCUCCACCUGCUCGCAGCAGCCCAUCUGGAGGAACCUGGUCAUCUGUUGUUAGUGGUGCGCACAGACCUCGUUCACCUCGACAGAGUAGCGUUGGCGGAGGUGCCCAGAACCCCUCUUGUGUGUCUUCCCCUCAGGCUGGCACAGUGCCAGUCGACUCUGUAACAGUUUCCACAACAGCGACAUCACCCACAGCAGCAAACCCAGCCACCAACCUGGAUGCAUCUCCAAUAGAACAGGCCAAAGAGUCAAGAAUACUAGAGGCAAGGCAGAAUUCUCCCAACGCCAACAAGGAGAAUGUGAAGCCUCUUGAAAGUUCUCGAUCCAUCAGCAAAGGACCUCCCAGCAUGGCGUCAGACCACCGGAAACAACUAGAUAAUUUAAAGCAAUUUAGUGAUAAUUUCAGGUUGCAGUCCAGCUCAAAUCCAGAUCCAGUGUUUGAGCCCAUGGUGAACAAGUCUCCACGGGACCUAGGGGAAAAGCCAAAGGAUCAACAAGUUGACAAGAACGCAGGAGAUUCAACAGGACCCAAAGUCUCCACAGAGUCCUCCAAUUGUGAAGAGGGCUCCACUGCCGUUCAUCUGAGCAUCGGACCAACAGGAAGUAAAACUGGAACCGCUUCGCUGUCUCCCUCCACUGCCGUAGCGGAGCAGAAACGAGGGCCUGAUGUGACAUCUCAGGGCGUCCAGACCAGCUCACCUCUUGCCAAUACUGCUGCAAAAGAUAAAGACGAUAAGGAGGAAAAGAAUGACCCUGUAGCAGAGAGUGUUAGAAAAUCUACUCUCAAUCCCAAUGCCAAGGAGUUUAACCCAAGAGUGUUUUGUUCCCCUCCCAAACCAGCAACAACUCCCACCCUGACUCGGCCCCAGGGUCAGCCUAGCCCUUCCAUUGUAGUACAACAGCCCCCUACCGUCUAUGGCCAGGCAAUGUUCCAGAUGUAUCCUCUGACUCCCGUCAGUCCUGGCGUACAGAAAAGCAUUAUCUGGAAGCCUCCAGCCAUGUACUCUGUUCCAGUUCCUCAUAUGACUAUGAGCCAGACCAAGCCCUACAGACCAGGUAAAGUACCAAACAUGCCACAGCAAAGACCAGACCAGCAUCACCCACCUGGCACGUCUACAAUGAUGCAUCCGGCUACAGCUGCCGGGCCACCCAUCGUGGCACCGAACCCUACCUACUCCACCCAGUACUUCACUUGUAGCCCCCAGCAGUUUGCCAGCCAACCUCUGGUACAACAGAUGUCCCACUACCAGUCCCAGGCCCAUCACAUGUUCAGUCCUAUGAUCCAGGGCAGUGCGAGGAUGAUCACCUCACCUGCCCACGCUCAGCCCAGCCUGGUGUCCUCUUCCACCACUCAGUAUGGUGAGCAGACGCAUACUAUGUAUGUGUCUCCAGCUCCCAUUCAGCAAUUUUCCCACCCAAGCUCCACCCUGCACCCCCACCCGCAGCACCCUCAACCCUCUGCCACCCCGACAGGACAACCCCAGCAGGGUACCCAGCAUGGAGGCAGCCACCCGGCCCCCAGUCCCUUCCAGCAUCCCCAGCACCAGGCGGCGGGCACCCCAGCCCAGGCCAUGCACUUGGGCAACCCCCAACAGCAGCAGAUGUACUCUACCCUUGCUCAUACCCCACCUUCUAUGACCCCAGGCCCUAACCCUCAGUCCCCUCAAGCCAGUUUCCCCUCCGCCCAGCAGGCCGUAUACAUUCACCCCCAGCAGAUGCAGCAUGGGUACAACCAUAACCAUAUGGCUCAUGUACAGCAGGCUCACAUGCAGUCAGGGAUGGUGCCUCAACAUCAUGGCACUCCUUCCCACCCACACAUGAUGUUGAUGGCCACACAGGCCCCUGGUGGCCCCCAGCCUGGACUUCCCCAAGGCACUCUAAACCCCAUCUCAGUGUCUUCGACCACACCAUACCCCCCCUACGCUCUAACCCCUGUACAAGGUCACCAUCAACAGCAGCUGUAAAGGACGAAGAACAGCAGUCGAGUGGCACCUGAUCCAUCUGGCCUCACCCACCACCUACUGGCCAACCAAUCUUUACCUUUCUUUAAAAAGCCCCUAAAUGGCCACAAGAACUUGAGUCAUGCUGCUCUACUGCAACCCACCAACAGUGAUUUAAAAAAAAAAGCUAACAGGCGAAGAUGUAGUGAACUGUGGCUUUUAAAAAGAGAAAAGAAAAGAG